AUGAUGGACCUAUCUUCAAUUCUUAACACAGUUUGUUCGUUUUUGGGCUCAGUUCCUAUAUUAUGUCCACCCGAAGCUGCAGUUUAUUACUUUUUAUUUACGAGAUUAAACCCAAAAUAUCAUCAACAGUUAAUAUUAAAUGAAGAUACUAUUCUCAAUGGGUCUAAUAUCGAUUUUAAAAAACCAACAAAAAUGUACAUCACAGGAACAUUUGGAACCUAUACUUCCCAGGAUUCUCAAGCAACUAAGAAUGCAUACUUGGUUAACCAGGAUUGCAAUAUGAUUUUGGUAGAUGCAUCAGAAAUUUUAACUGGGAUAGACCUUCGGUCAGGAGCUUAUAUUUUAGCUGAGCCUGUAGCCCUAGAAGUGGCUGAGUUCAUAGACUAUAUGGUAACAAAAGGAUUGAAAUUGUCUGACCUAGAACUUAUUGGUCUGAGCUUGGGAGGACAAGUUAUAGGUCUGGCUGCAGCUGCAGUUAAAAGUGGAAAAGUUGCUUAUGAUCCUGUUGGCUUGGUUUUUAACGGUUAUCCGCCAAGUAUGAGACUUGACGAAACCGAUGCAGAAUUGGUCAUAGUGCUUCAUACAAACCCACAAGAAUGGGGUUAUUAUGGUUCCUGCGGUCAUAUCGACUUUUGGGUUAACAGAAACUUAAUAAUUCAACCCGGAUGUGGUCCAGUGGAAUCCGUUUUAAGAAGUGUUGAGAAUUUAGCUGAUCUAAGUAAAAAAGCAUAUUAA